AGCAGACACAAGUCGAACAGUUUUCAAUAGAGAAACACGCAAAAAAUCAUCAGAAAAAUGAAAUUCUUCGCCGCUGCCACCUUCGCCGCCGUAUUGGCCUGCGCCUUCGCUGAUGUCUCCCACUUGGGUUACGGUUACCAGCAACCCGCUGCUAGCGCACCAUCUAGCGAAUACCUUCCACCUGCUGCCACUGCCGCUGCUCCAGCUCCUGUUUACGCUCCAGCACCAGCACCUGCACCAGUCUACCAACCCGCUCCAUCUGCUCCAGUCUCGGAGUACCUUCCACCCGCAGCUAGCGCUCCAGCACCAGUGUACUCUGCACCAGCACCUGCUCCAGCUUACUCUGCCCCAGCUCCAGUUUACCAACCAGCUGCUGCUGCACCUGAGCCCGUCUAUGCUGCUCCAGCUCCAGCUCCAGUUUACUCAGCUCCAGCACCAGCUCCAGUUUACCAAGGCGCUGCCUCUGAGACUUAUGAACAACCCGCUCAAGAUGGUUACAGAUACCGCACUGUGCGUCGUCGUGUCUACAAACAACGUCGUUUCUAA